AUGAGAAAAGGUAAUAACAUUGAUCUUGACAACAGAGUUUAUAACAACAUCGAAAUGUCCCUCAGUGAAAUUCCAAGUGUUGCUCCCAACAAAUGGCCACUUAUAUAUAAUCAACCCUGGUUGGAACAGAAUCUGAAUAUCUUUACUGAUGGUUCUAAGAACGAUGAAGAAGUAGGAUGUGCAUUUGUGGCUUUCCAGAGAAACACAGAAAUAUAUACUUUCUCAGAUAGGCUUGGAAGCACCUGUUCUGCCUUCCAGGCUGAGCUCUGGGCAAUUCUGUCAGCAAUAAAAUGGUGCAAUCACAAUUUCAACUCCACGGAUAUUAACAUCUUCACGGAUUCAUGCUCAUCAGUGCAAGCCAUUUCUAAUUAUAACUGGCGCCAUCCAAUAGUCAACUGCAUUUUAAAUAAUUUAUUAGAGAACAACAACAGAUUCACUGUGAUCUGGGUUAGAGGACACUGUGGUGUCUUCGGCAACGAGCGAGCUGACGAACUUGCUCGGUCGGCCGCCACUUCCUGUGACGAUCCUACAUACUCUGCAACACCACAGAGCUAUAUAAUUCAAAGAAUCAAAGACUACGCUAAGGACAGGUGGCAACGUUGCUGGAACACACAUAACAACACACUAACAAAAGACUUUUUCCCUUUGGUCUCUAAUACAGUAAAGAAUGACGUGGAGCACUGCCUCACCCAAUUUUACACCGGCCAUGGCAGGUUUUACCAGUAUCUCCACAGAUUUAAAAUAUCAAACCAACAGAAUUGUACAAUCUGCGGUGUUCCCGACGGUUCUCGGCACUAUCUUUUAGAAUGCCCUAUGUUAGACGAUAUGCGGGCACGCAUUACUGCACUUUUACCUAACAAUUGCGGAUGGCCACCUGAUCUUAGUAUUUUGAUUGGAGAUAACAAUCUGUUCCAAGCCACUAGAGACCUUAUUAAAACAUAUUUUAAAAGGACCACUGUAAUUUAA